AAAAAAGUUAAUCCUAAGAAAGACAUUUUUUCCUUUGGGAUGUCGUUCUCUUCAGUGAAGGCUGUGUGAGACUCCUCCCAGUGGAGCAGUAGUACUGUAAUCUGGAUAAGCUUCUUAAGCCUCUCCAUGUGUCUGGGUUUGCUGUGGCCAGUCUCAAAAACUGAUACGGUUUGUUUUCAGGAAGACACGUUUCCAGAUAAUGUAUUUAGUUCCUUCUGAAAGAUAUCUGCAUCACUCUCAGACAACAAAAGGAAAGAUAUCUUCAACUUCCUGGACCAUAGUACGCAAUGAAAGAACCCUUCAAGUCCUGUCAACUUCAACUUCAACCAUGUCUUCAAGUUUCCUGAAGCUUCCGAAAACUGAUCUUGACUUGACAUGGAAUAUCUCUCACGACACUAUAAGCAGGAAAAGCUUUUUUUUUAUUCUGUUCCGAAUUGUUUGGGUAGAUGUAAGAAGUUACGUUUUGGAUAAGUAUGCCCAGAGUAGGUGAAGACCCCACCAGUUCCUCUCAACAUUUUGCCAUAUAUCCUCCAUACCAGACAUCGGUAAGAAAAAUUGUGCACGGUCGCAUAAAUCCGCAUAAAUCCUGAAACUGGCUACUCAUUAUUGUCCACAGUGCCCAUUACAAUGGGCGACCGACCAGUCUGCACUGAUGCGUACAAAACUGACCAAACUGACAGCGACAAAACCCAACGGCAUGAACCAUUUGCAUCUCAAAAGCAAGCAAACAAUCUGUCCACAUUUCAGAAUCUCCUCGAAUCCUCCUGGAUGUCCGCCAGCUUCCACCGCUCGAUUUUAGCCCUUGGCAGCGAGGAGAUGGCCUCUUUUGCAAAACCUCAAGCUUCUGAUUUUGCCGUAUCUGGCUUGCUACUUUACUCUCCCGGAAUAUCUCUUCCCAUCGGAAGGUCACAGCAUAAUUCUCUUCCCCUGGGCAGUUUCUUGCACGCUCGACGCAAACGUGAGCUGCAACUCAGUAACUCACACAAAUUGGUCCAGGCUGGCAACAUCCCUUGUGUUCUGUCACGGGGAGAGCAUGUGGGUAAUGCAAAUCCUUUCGCAGGUGGGUUUCCAGCGCCUGUGUGUUCAUCUAAGCAGAAUUCAGAUAAGAAGUCGCAUGCCGCAACUGCAUGGCUUGUAGAAGCCCACAGAUCUGCCUUAGAUGGACAAGCCUACAAAACUAGCAUGGCACACCAGGCGCCUCAUCUUGAAAGACUUGAGAUGAAAGGGAAUGUGAUGAUUAGACAUCAGGUGGAUCCAGAAGACAAGAAAACAUUCAAGAAGAACAGCCACUUCAAUAAAGAUCCAAGGCAGGUAGAUAGUCCCAGAAGGUCCAAUGGAAAUCAGACAGGGCCCACUGGAAGGAAACCCAAUGGUGUGCAUUGGAGUUCUCGGCUUGAUCCGGGAUGUUCUACAGCUUUCACAAGAAGCGACACAUUCCAAGCAAUUACCAGACACAGUGGAAGCACUAGUACACCACAUCCCAAAGCUGCACCAUCAAGACAACAUCUUUUGACAUGUGGGAAUGAGCUUGAUGCAGUGGCAGCAAGCCCACAGAUUCACCUCUUCACCACUGAUGAAGAGAUAGCAAAAAGGUUCCAGGCUCUGUACCAGUUCCAUCUGCUCCAGCGAUGCUUUAGAAGAUGGUGUGCUGGUCUCAGUUCUCACACUAAAGCCUGGCUUUAUAACCAGAGGAGGAUUCUCAGUAAAGCUCUGCUUGCUCUCCAGCGGGCUGUUCUGCUCCAGCGUGCUCAGACAGACACUGCAGAGAUGGCCCAGAGAGCGCAAACGCUAGCACAGGCUUUUCACCGGUGGAAAGAUGUCUACGAGAGGAGACAGCAGGCGAGGCUGGGCUCAGACAGUUGCACUCGAGGCCACGUUGUUGCAUUAAGAAGAAGACUUGUUAAGGCCAGUGAUUCACUACCUCUGAGGAUCACCUAUUGUGUUUGGAGGAACCACGUCCAGAGCCAGCGAAUCCACAGAGCAGCCGUGAUUCACCACCAUCUGUCGGUUCUGUAUAAGCACUGGUUGCUGUGGAGACGGGCCUGGAUGAAGCAGAUCUCCAGAUCCCAGCAGAUGCAGCGGGCUCGGGCGUGGAGGGAGCAGAGGCUGCGUAUCAGGACCUGGACUAUGUGGCUGUGUGUUUGGAAGAAAAGACAGCAAACCAGACACCUGCACAGGCUGGUACUUCAGCGGUGGAAUCAGCACACCCAGAGGGUCCGGUUGAUGCAUCUUGCACAGGCUGUGGAGCAGCUUCGUUCCAUUCGUUUACUAUCUGCAACAUUCAGGAGAUGGAGACAGGCGAAGGAGGUGAGGGAGGCUAUGCAGAGACUGCGCCACCUACAGGACAGAGGGCUACUGCAGGCUGCCUUUGAGAAAUGGCUACAUAGCUCACGGCUGAAGGUACAGAUAAGGGAACUACAUCAGAGAAGUGACCAGGCUCAUUUAGCAAGGAUUUUUUCUUACUGGAAUGGACUGGUCCUGCACAGAAGAAAGUUGGCGUUAAGCUACAGAAGACAACAAACUCUGACUGUGAGAAGCUUCUUCCAGCUGUGGAGAAGAGCACUGGAGCUGCGUCUGCUUCAAAAGCGUUUUCUCAUCCUCUUGUUUUUCAAAAGACAGCGAACUUCUCAACACACCAGUGCAGUGCAGGACGAGACAAUGACCGUGGCUUUUUCUGGGCAGCACUCUUUCUGUCCAUUGGAAGUGCUUUGGGCCAGGCUUGUGCUCCAGAUGUUUGUCUACACUUGGAGAGAGAAAUUAAAGAAACAACAGCAAGCAAGAUGGCAUCAUGCAGCGCGUGUUAGAGAGAGGCAAAGGACUGAGCUUGUGGAGUGGCACAGACUCGCUCAGACUGAGCUGUCUGACAAAGUGCUGAGAUUCAGAGCCAGACUGGCUCAGUUUCAUAACUCCCUCUCCACACCAGGCGUCCACAGCUCUUCUGACCCCGGACGUUCUGCAGACUACACAGGCUCAGGGGGACAGCAGGCCGUGGCUCUGCAGGUGCUGGUCAGAAUGAUGCAGCCCGACCUGAGCCUGGCCUUCUCACAGUGGAGGUCAGCGCUCCUCAGCAGCAGGAAGAUGAAGCGGCGGGCCGACCUGUUCAGGAACAGCAGGGAACUGACUGGUGUAAGGAUGUCCUUCAGCACCUGGAGAACACACACAGAGAUGCAGCAGAGAGCAGUCCAGUACAGGGAGAGGGUGCUGCUCUCUCACUGUGUAACUGACUGGAGAACGCUGAUGUGGUGCGGACGCAGAGAACGUUCUCUACAGCUGCAGGCCGUUCACUGCCAUCAGACCAGACUACUGAAACACUGCUUUACAGCGUGGCACAGACAGGCUGCAGGGUCUGUACUGGACAGUAGGCAGAGGUGGCUGGAGCAGAGGGUGGAGAGCCGUUGCCUCAGCCGGGCUUUCUCCACGUGGGCAGCACGUGAGAGACAGCAGAAGGCCGUCAGAGCAUUCUGUACCCAAGUGCUUCUGAGGAGGGUGUUUGCUGCAUGGCAGAAGCGAGUGCAGUGCCAUAAGGAGAGACAGGAGGCAGCUUUGUCCUUUGUGCAGCACAGGCUCUGCAGCGUGGUCUUCUCCCAGUGGAAGAGCAGCUGCGCCCGGCAGCAGCUGGCCAACAGCAGAGCCAAACACACGCUCCGCCUGAGUGCUAAACACAUGCUGCAGGCCUGGAGAGAAUACACACACAACAGGUGUCUCAUGCAUGUCCAGCUGUGUGCAUUCAGAGAGGGAAGAGAAAGAGCCUUGAAGAGAAAAGCUAUUCUCAUCUGGCAGCAAGCAGUGGAAAAUAUAAAGAUAGCCCAACAACUUUAUCAACAAGCUCUGCUCUGCAGAUUUUAUUUUAAGUGGCUUGAUGUGUACGAGCGUAAUAGAGAGCUGCACUGUCUCUCUCUGGAUAUACAGGAGCUCAGAACUCGAAGGCUACAGCAGAAUUUCUUUUCCCUCUGGAAACUACAGUUCCUCCAUAUCCGUACCAAAAAGCAGCGUCUCCAUCUGCAGGUAGCUAACUUCCAGUUCCACCAAGCAGUGAGGCAUCGAGACCAGCAUGUUCUGACCCGUAGUCUGAACCUGUGGAGGUGGAAACUGGAUCUGAAGAGGAGAAGAAGAGAGAUAGCUCUGGGUGUUGUGAGGAUUUGGAGAGGGUUUGCCUUGCGGUGCAAAGAGUUGAGAGAGAGGGUUCAAAACGUCCAGAAAUUGCAGCUGUCUCAUGCAUUCAGAUACUGGGCAAGAACAAUGAGACUGAGCAUCAAGGCGAGAGAACAUCACACGCAGAAGCAGAGAAGAAGGGUUCUGCUAGGCUGGCAUGUCCACACAGUUUGGGCUCAGAGGAUGCGCUACAGUGAGGCCUGCUUCCAGUACAGGAUGGAGCUCAGGGUGAUGGGCUUCUGUCUCAGCCUGUGGAGGAGGGCACUGGUCCAGACCCAGAACCAGCAGUGUGUUUUGGAGGACCUCCUCAGCCUCUAUCACAGCAGACUGACAGCACAGGCCUUUCAGAAUUGGAGAGCAGCCACCACACGGCAAAGAGCGGCCAAGAACAUCAACACAGCUUUACUGCGAAAGUGGUUUGUGCGCUGGAAACAACGAAGAGAUGCCCUUAGAACAGCUGAUCAGUUCCUGGCUCAAAAGCAGAAAGAAGAAAUGCGGCUGAUUUUAACAUCUUGGUCAUUAUGGGUGAAGGAGCAUAAGGGCCGCAGACAGAUGGAGGAAGCUGUGCGUCUCUGGUUGGAUGGCAGGAGAGUGUGUGCAGUUUUCCAUCAGUGGGUUGAAGUGUACCGCCAGCACCAGGUGGCCUGUUAUCACAGCCAAAUACACCUUUUACACAGAUCUUUCUGGACAUGGAGGGCUGCUGCCAUAGAGACAAAGCGGAAGUGUCAGACUGUUGAGAUACGACUUCAGCACCAUGAGAUGCGGUCAGCCUUCAGAACCUGGAGGUGGGCUACAGCAUCCCAUAAGGCCGUGCGUUACUUCACACAGCGAGUGAAGGAAGCAGACAGUAGGAGACUUCUGAGUGCUGUACUCCAAGCAUGGCAUGAAAAGACCCAGAUUCAGAAGCAGCGUGAUUUUCAUCUUAGUGACAAAUAUUUUAACCUCUGGGCACUGGAAGUGCAAAGAAGACAGUCUGUGAGACUUUUGUGGAAUAGAAGAAGGACUAAGUGGAUGAGACUUUGGCGGUACAGGCUGGUGGAGCGGAGAGAACAGAGGGAACUAAUUUCUCUCUACUGGGCUUCUUGGAAGAGUCAGACUGCUGCCUCACUGCUGUACAAACAACAAGUGAGCCUCAGCGUAAAUCUCUGCAGAAAGCAUGGCUCACCUGGAGAAAGAGGCACAUCAGGAACAGAGUGGCUGCUGAGUACAUGGCCAGCAUUAACAGAGCCCUGCUGCUGAAGGCACUUCGUGCGUGGUGGCGGCGGGCCCUUGUUUCAGGCUCUCUGCCCAGUAGAGCUCCGGUUCGCUCCUACUCCCUCUGACUGACCUGCUGCUGAGCUCCAGGCCAAGAGCAGCAGAACCUUCCAGACUGCAGUUAACUUGACACCCUCAUUAAACUUCCUGGAAACCAUCUAAACUUUAACCUUAAACUCAGAGCAGCCUCUCUGCACUCUGAAUCAUUCUGCAGAUCCUACCAUUUAAAUAAAACCACCGUCAGCUAUAUUAAACCCUGCAGGUCCUGACAGGAUUCACUUUCACUCCUUCCAAGAAGCCAACUCCCUUCUCUCCUGACCCUUUACCCACUUGGACAGCAGUCAAAGCCGCACACUUCUCCUGCAGCCUUAUUAUAACUGUAGAGCUCAGCUUUCUGCUUCUGUUCUAGUCCUGACAGUAAAAAAAAAGCCAACAUUCAAACUGGGAAAUAAUUAACUAGUUGUAUAAAAAAAGAUGGCACCGAUCCAAUACCUGGUAUUGCUACUGGAUAAUGGAUCAAAUAGAGCAGGUCCUAUCUGAAACUGUGACAAAUUUAGCCUGGAGUAAUACAUAAAAUGCUUGUGAAGCCCCUUUUACACCAAAACUUUUCCAGACAUUAUUAAUGGUGUAAGAAAAUAUAGAGAAUUUUAUGUUUUGCAAUACUUUUUUUAUUUAAUUCUCAAAAACAGAGUAAGGAUUUUUAAUAAAAAGUUU